GUCGUGAACAACCCCCCCAACUUCUGAUGCAGCGUAGUAGUAGACCACAGAUCGUGACAUCGAACUUCAACGACCAAAAGUAGAGCGUUGCCCGUGGGUUAUCGAUUGCUCGGAUCCGUCACCUCGCUGAUCUCCGAUGCCGUUCCAGUGAAGCGGUGAGCUGUAUGGUCAAGCUUUCAUCCCAUAAGACAUACGAGUUUACUCUUAUAGUUUAUGUAUAGCCAACGACCCCUUUUAAAAUGCCCAUUCUCACAUCGUGACCAUUUCGUCUCAUCAACCUUUUCUUGCAACCGAACUCAUAAGAUCGAUCGUCCAUUGCCUGGCCACGAAGAUGGGGGAUAUCAAUGAAGUCUCGGACGCAAUCAACGGCUGUACUCUGUCACACAACGCACCACACAACUAUCUCCCUGUACCCAAUCCAACAGCAACUUUCUGGCAAAGUGAGCCAUCCGUACUCCACGAUCACCGAACCACAGAAGAGCUCCCAGAACACAGCGACGUGGUGAUAAUAGGCGCUGGUUAUAGCGGCAUCAGUACAGCCUACCACCUACUUAAAGAACCAUCAUUUGCUGGGAAGACAAUCACCAUCCUCGAGGCACGAGGCGCGUGUUCUGGCGCUACAGGCCGGAAUGGUGGCCAUCUCAGACCCGAUCUGUACGGUCAUAUUCCAACUUUUGUGGAGCGAGAUGGGGAUGAUGCGGGCGCCGAAGUGGCGAAAUUCGAAAUUGAGCAUUGUUUUGAAAUCAAGAAGGUGAUUGAGCGGGAAAAUAUUGAUUGUGAUUUUACAUUGACGAGAACGGUUGAUGUCUGGUGUGAUGAGGAGUCGGCGAGAGCUUCAAAAGUCGUAUUCGAUGACUUGGCGGGGAAGUUUGAUUAUAUGAAGGAUGCUGUCUUCUAUACUGGUAAAAACGUUGAAGGUGUAAGUCAACCCCAAUUUUCCAAAUGCUAUGACAGAAUUGAAAGAUACUAACUCCGUUACUCUAGAUAUGUGGGGUCAAAGGAGCGGUCGCCUGUGCAACAUACACAGCCGGGACCAUGUGGCCAUAUAAGUUUAUUCUUCAUCUUAUCAAAGGUCUCAUCGCCACUGGAAGGGUCAAUCUUCAAACUCACACACCAGCGACAUCAAUGACCUCCUAUUCUGACGCUGGCGUCUUCAUCAACACCCCAAGAGGGAAGAUUCACGCCAACCAAGUUGUCCAUGCAAAUAAUGCCUACGUCGCCGGUCUUCUCCCGGAAUAUGCCCAAAACAUCAUUCCUUGUAAAGGAAUAUGUUGCCGCAUCACGGUUCCCGAGGGCACCAUCGCACCUCUUCUCAAUGAUUCAUAUAUUAACCGUGAACCAAAUAAGACCCUUCAUUAUUUAAUACCUCGUCCGGAUGGAAGUAUCAUUGUCGGUGGUGCAAAUGCCAUCUUCAAGCAUAAACACCAAGAACAGUGGUAUAACAAUGUUGAUGACUCUGUAUUGAUUGACGCAGCCAAAGAUUAUUAUGAGGGCUAUAUGCAGCGAACAUUCCGCGGCUGGGAAAAUACUGGUGCAAAGGUGGAUAAGAUAUGGACAGGUGUCAUGGGGUAUUCUUAUGACACCAAUCCUCACGUGGGCGCUGUACCCGACAGAAAAGGGCAGUAUAUUCUUGCUGCUUGGAAUGGUCAUGGUAUGCCUUGUAUUUGGUUAUCGGGACGAGAGAUUGCAAAGAUGGUAGCACAGGGUCUUUCAUUCGAAGAGACGUGCUUACCAAGAUUGUAUAAGACGACUCCCGAGCGUAUAUUGAAAGCUCAGAAUGGGAGUGAAGAUGAAGGGGAUAUCUUGACGACUGUUGCUUUCUCGGCCACAAAGCAAUAAACGUAGCUACGGACCAACGUGUGCGGCAUUUUAGCCAGUAAUUUCUUUUUGUAGCAAGUGCUGCUACAAUGGAAUUCUUGUACAUAAUAGCAACAUAGAAUAGAGACGCUUAUAAUAUACGAUACGGAAUAAUGGAAAUAGUAAC